CCAUAUAUAUACCAGCUGACGUUAUUGUUGGAGGAAAAUUAGGAAAACGAAAUUGGGACCCACAAAGAUAUGUUGGUGGGGUCCGUAGCCGUGGCCUUGGGCGGUUAAACCGGAGUGGAUGGUUGUUUGACCCACGCGCAUGCAGCGGUCGUCCACAUUACUCCCAAUUAUCAAGUAUUCCAUUUACUAGCGCGUGAAUACACCAUUCGCUCUUGAAGGUAUGUUAGAACAAGAGACGCAAUGUGUCCCCGCAAUUUAUGCAAGUGCAACAGACUUUCUUUAUCCACCGAUGCACGGCCAUGGCACGUGUGCAUGUGACCACCUUAUAAUCUCCUCCUUUCUUCUUCCCCUGGUAAAACCAAGCUCACAACCAUGGCAUAAAAAGCUCUACAUAAGCAACGAACUCAAACACCUUCCAUUUUUGGCUUCUUUUUAGGUCCUUUUUUUUUUUGUUCGGAUUAGCAGUGUUUAACACAUGGGUAUGAACUCAUGAUACGCCAGUGUUCUCCCCCUUUGUGAACCUUGAAUAGUUGAUCAAAGCUGCUACAAAAACCCUAAAAGUAACUAAAGAGAGGAGACAGGGGAGAGAGAAAGAUGGUGGGCUCAGGAACUACAGAUAGAAACAAAGAAGCAGUUGGAAUGAUGGCUCUUCAUGAAGCUUUACGAAGUGUUUGUCUUAAUUCUGACUGGACUUACUCUGUUUUCUGGACCACUCGUCCUCGCCCGCGAGUUAGAGGUGGUAAUGGCUGUAAAGUUGGAGACGACAUCGGUAGCCUGAUGUUGAUGUGGGAAGAUGGGUUUUGCAGAGGAAGAAUGUCGGACUGCUUAGAAGACAUGGAUGCAGGAGACGAUCCUGUUAGAAAAGCUUUCAGCAAAAUGUCAAUUCAGUUGUAUAAUUAUGGAGAAGGGUUAAUGGGGAAAGUUGCUUCUGAUAAGUGUCACAAAUGGGUAUUCAAAGAACCUUCAGAAUGUGAUCAGAGCAUCUCUAACUAUUGGCAAAGUUCUUUUGAUGCUCUUCCAACCGAAUGGAAUGAACAGUUUGAAUCUGGAAUCCAGACUAUAGCUGUAAUACAAGCUGGCCAUGGGCUUCUGCAACUUGGUUCUUGCAAGAUUGUACCUGAAGACCUUCAUUUUGUGCUUCGAAUGAGACAUACCUUUGAAGCACUUGGUUACCAAUCUGGUUUCUAUCUAUCCCAAUUAUUCGCAUCGACAUCUUCAAAUCCCUUAAAGCAAUCAACAAUCCCGAUCCACUCACCACCACCCGCCGCCUUCAACUGGGCGGCGCAGAAGCCAAUGCAAUCGCCAAAUUUCCAGAAUCCUACAAGACUAGGGUUUGCGCCUAAAGACGAGACUCACAUGUUCCUUCUUCCUCAUUCAUCUGAACCACAAAUGGGAAAUAUGAUGGGUUCUGAUCAUGUUGAAAGCGACAUCAAAUGGCCUAAUGGGCUGUCGUUCUUUAAUGCACUCACCGGAAGAAGUGAUGAUGCGGAGCUUUUGUUCAAUGCAGAAGAAGGGCUCGGUGGUGGAAAGCAGCCAGACGGUGGCCAGAAUUUGAAUCAUGAUAAACAUAAUCCCGAGGCUGCUAUGUACAACGAUGUUAUGGAGAAUUUCUUGGAGUGAUAUGUUUAGUAAUCGUUGUUUUUCGUAAUGUUUAGUAGUCGUUUUUGAUCUUUUUAGAUGUUUAUGUAUCUCGUUUGGAUUAACUUAGUCAAACUUUUUGAUAUAAAGACAAAAUCCCACGAUCAAAUUAGCGAAAUUAGAAGGAAAAAACAUUGAAAAUUGAGCAGUCUAAGGCUCCAUAGCAUGACAGCUUUUGCAUGUUGACACAACCCACCGGAAAAGCCUCCGGCAGUACCCUUUUUUCAGAUUGCAUUUCUUCUUCUCCGGCGACCCAAUUCUGUUCUCUUCACCUUUUCUUCUCUGGGACGGCCGGCGGUUUAGCAUCGGAACCGGCGCCAUGAACUGCCACCUUUGAGCGGGAAGAUGAUGAUAAUUGUUACAGUAACGAACAGGGCUCCGACUUCCUUUUUCAAGGAAGAUCUUGCUUUUCACAGCAACUCCGGCGGAAGCGUCACUGGUGCUUGUUCUGGCGCUGCUGCAACUGCUACUGCUACUGCUGCUGCUGCUGGUUCGGCUGUUAGUACUGUUGCUCCUGGAUGACACGAGUGAAUCUUUACUACUACUAACGCUGCUUGUUCUCGAAAGGGUGAAGCUUCUUGGCUGAACGGGAAAAGUGUGGAGGAGGAAUUUGCCAUUGGAGAACAAAUGGUCUGCUAAUUCGGAAUCUAAUUCCAUGUCUGGUGAUAUCGCCGGAAAAGUAAAGUUGUCGCCGGAGGAAUUGCUUUUAUGCCGGGGAUGAUUCUCCAUGGUGGUUUAAUGUUUCUGCAUUGGGAUGAGCAGAUUCACAAAACAUAUAUAUGAUCGGAAAGUUCUUGAUUUGAGGGAAUGGGACCAAUUAGGUCUGCUGUUUUCCCCUAAAGGGAAGGUCAUCUGGGGUCGUAUGUUUUGCCACAUUCAUAAAGCUUCAACGUGGCC